GUUCUUUCUCUUUUUUUUCAAAAAUAAAAAUAAAUAUUUUUGAAUUUUCCCCGUUUUUGAAUUUGAAGCCCAAUCGACGCGGCCCGCAGGUUUUGUUUUUAUCGAUUAUAUGGUUUAUAUCGAUAUUGUACUCAAUACUAUCGAUCACAGCAGGCGCCAAAAAGUUCAGUCUCCUCAAAUUUUCUCUAAAAAAAAGCGCGAAAAUCUUGGGAAAUUCCGCAAAUUCCCUUUUCAUUCAACUUACAUAAGCUUCAGAAGCUUCCGGAAGCGUCAUGAAUCCCUCAAGAAAUUCUCAGCAGCUGAAGCAGGAUGUAGUGGAGGACGAUGAGCUUAGCUGCGAUGGAGAGGAAAGCUGCGAUGAAAUGGAGAGAAAAGUUGCCGUAUUGAAUGCUGCUACGGAGGCGAAAUGGGAAAAGUACCGUGAGCUUCUAAAGUUCAACUUUGAGCUUUCCAAUAUUCACGAGGAGAGCGCAUAUUUGGAAGAGAAAAUCAGGAAAAAGUACGGCUUGUUUUCCGAUCAGUUGGGAAAUCAAUUCAGUGUUAUCAAUUUCACGGGAGAUUUCCUUGCUGCGGAGCUGAAGGACUUGGAAGGAAAGAAGAAGCAAUUGGAUGCUACUGCCGAAGACGUGGAAUCUGCAAUGAAGGCUCUCAAAGUGGCAAAAAAAACCCAGAAGAGCGUUGACAACAAUGUCGGGCGUCUAGAAGAAGUAAAGGAUCGUCUUCGUGCAAAGCUGAAGAAGGUAACCGAUAGGAAUUCUGCAUUGAAGAAUGAACUGGAGAAGAGGCAGAAUUACACUGAGGAAGAUCUUGAGGAGAUUUCAGAGAAGAUUCACGCAAAGACGAAGAAUAUUGCGGACAUGAAGAAGCAAAUGAAGGCACUGAAAGUCGAGCUGGCAAAUGUUAAUUCGCAGAUAAAGGAAAAGGAAGAAUUAAAUGCGGCCCUUGAUGCAGCUGAUAGAGCUAAAAUGGAUACUCUCCUGCGUAAAGUCAAACAUCAACGUGAAGAGCGAUCGACCUUGUUGAACAUUGCGUUGACGGAGGAGAUGAAAGUGAUAAAGGAGUUGCGAGAGAAGAAUGCUCAGCUCGAUAGGAAGAUUACACAGAAGCAGAUCGAAAGUGAUGAGAUGAAGAAACAUCUCGAAGAGGAGAACAAGCAAGUGCGCAAAGCUAUUGACGAGAGGAAGCUUGAUAUCACAAUUAUGGAGGAAGAGAUUUCUAAGGCUCGCCAGCGCAAGGAAGCAUUGCAGGAUGUUCUUAAGGAUGAUGCACUAUCGAAGGUUCAGGAGAAAAUUCAGAAUGUCACUGCCAGCAUUGCGCAACUCCAAGAGCACAGAAUUAACAUGGAGACGAGUUUCCUCGAACGACAGUUGCAAGAACCAUCGAGGUACUCCGAUAGUUCCGGUCACAACAACAUCAUUGCUUGGAUGCGAGAUAUCCAGUCUCCUCCAUCCAACAAUGUGACCAACAAUGAGGAAGACAAUGAGGAUCCCACCAUAGAUUGCGAGGUCUCCUCAACUUACCAAGCCGAAGAUAAUUUUGACUUUAAGUAAUUUUUUUCUCUUUUUCUGGGCUACCAAUUAAACCCCCAAUAAAAUCCCAUAAAGAUGAUUCCAGGAACAUAGAAGAGGCAGCAGAAGAAUCCGGAGUAGCCCACAUAGAUUUCAAAUUAAUUUAAAUCAAUUACUAUAAUUGAAUUUAUUUCACGUGUUAACACCGAAAUUGUAAAAAUGAAUUAAAUAUAAAGAAUUUUCUUAAUUCAUUAAAA